GGUCAAAAUGUGUAUAAUCAGUUAAGCAAUUUAUUUAAUAAUCCAAAUUGGAGAUGUAGAUUUUUUGAUAAUGAACAACAGACUUUUGUUUUACUAUUUGAUAGACAAGCUGAAAUAGAAGCUAAUUAG